CCGUUUAUAUAGAAUACCGGCCCGUGUGUUUCCGACGCACUAGUAAGACGUGUUCAGUGGUUCUUGCACGUGUUCGUUAGGCCUUUGUUCAUUUCGAUUAUUUUCGAUGAAGUCGUUGCUGUCUAGACAGAACUCAAUCUUUUAUAUAUACAUAUAUAUUUUCAUCUUAACAAUCUAAUAUUCUUUAUAUCCAAAUAAUCAUUGAAUGGUGUUGAGGGUGUACCUUUAGGACGCCCCAUAACCAUAUUGAGAGAGAAAGCGUGUCGACGUAUUUGUAUUCACGUGAAACAUCCAUAUAUCCUGUGACUUAACUUUGGCGGUAUACGAAGGAUCAUGACUUUCCGAGGACGCGGUGGAGGAUUUAACAGAGGAAUGGGUGGCUUUAGAGGUGGCAGGAAUUCUGGAGGAUUUAACAGAGGACGUGGUUUCGAUAGAGGCAGUAAAGGGUAUGAUCAAGGUCCUCCAGAAGCAGUAACACCAUUAGGACACUUCACAUGGACUGUACAAGAUGAAAUCGUCGUUAAAGUAGAUAUCGAACAAGUACCCUUUUUUAAUGCUCCUAUAUAUACUGAAAACAAGCAACACAUUGGAAAAAUAGAUGAAAUAUUUGGUAAUAUCCGUGAUUAUUAUGUGUCGGUUAAGUUAUCAGACAAUGUAAAGGCUUCUAGUUUCAUAAAGGAUACUCAGUUAUACAUUGAUCCAGCAAAAUUGCUGCCUCUUCAAAGGUUUUUGCCAAGACCACCCGGGGAACAAAAAAGAGGAGGUAGUACUGGACGUGUUAUGAAAAGAGGCGCUGGUGGAAGAGGAGGGAGGGGCGGUAGAGGAUCUUAUGGAAGAGGAGGAGGCUUUGGCAACAGAGGCACGGGUGGAUUCAGAAGUCGUGGGUUCAAUCGUGGUAAUGCAGGUGGAAGUCAUAGAGGAGGUAGAGGAAGGUGGUAAAAAUUGAAGAAUGACUGCAAGAAAUUUUCUUCGACAAAUGCGUUAAAAUGUUACACAAUGUUAAAAUGUAUACACAAUGUUAGUGAUCAAGUGAAAAUAUGGAUCAACAAAAGAAAAAAAAAACACGAUAAUACUAUCUUGUUA